CCGCAUGGCGGGAAUAUUGACAAUAUGAGAUAUGACAUUUAAAAGUUAAAACUCGUUUGUUUUUGUGAUGAACCAUCUUAAAUUGAAUACAAGUAUAUUAGUAAUUAGUAUAGUUAGAUUAAUAUAUGUGUAAUUAAUCAUAGAAACAAAUUUAAAAUAAAUAAUUAAAACUUUAAUGUCUGUUAUAUUAAGAAUUAUGAGGUAAUAUAAAAUUUUACGAAACACGAGAUGGGUAUUACAGGUUUAAUACCUUUUCUUGAAAAGGCUUCAAGGAAAACCAAUGUUAGUGAAUUUAGUGGCUCCUCGGUUGCUAUAGACACCUACUGUUGGCUUCAUAAAGGUGCUUUCGCAUGUGCUGAGAAGCUAGUUCGUGGAGAAGAAACUGAUGUAUAUGUAAAAUAUUGUUUAAAAUAUGUGGCAAUGCUGCUCUCAAGGAAUAUCAAACCAAUUUUGGUAUUUGACGGACGACAUCUGCCUGCUAAAGCUAUGACCGAAUCGAAAAGAAGAGAGUCUCGACAUACAUCUAAGAAAAGAGCAGCGGAGUUGUUGAGCUUAGGAAAGAUUGAAGAAGCAAGGUCCUUCAUUAGACGAAGUGUAGACAUCACUCAUUCAAUGGCAUUAGCUUUAAUAAAGGAGUGCAGAAAACGAAAUGUGGACUGCAUAGUUGCACCUUAUGAAGCAGACGCACAGCUAGCCUACCUCAAUGUUAAUAAUUUUGCACAGUUGGUUAUUACUGAAGACUCAGACUUGAUAUUGUUUGGAUGCACAAAGGUAUUAUUUAAAAUGGAUCUCGAUGGAAUGGGUACACUUGUAGAAACAGCUAAACUACCUCUCAUUAUGAAAUGUCCCAUUGAACAUUACACUUUUGAUAAAUUCAGACAGAUGUGCAUAAUGUCGGGUUGUGAUUACCUUGCUUCAUUGCCAGGUAUUGGGUUAGCGAAAGCGAGGCAGUUUGUGACGACCACUCAAGAUUCGAACUUUGCUAAUGCUCUGAGAAAGUUACCGAGUUUCUUUAACAGGUCUAACUUAACAGUAUCAGAUGAGUAUAGAGAGAAUUUUUUAAAAGCAGAAGCCACUUUUAAGCAUCAGUAUGUUUACGAUCCAAUUGAAAGAAAAAUGGUGAGACUCACAGAAACUGAUGAUGAAGAUGUAGAGACAGCUUUAUGUGGAAACGCGGGUGAACUUUUGGAGCCUGAAAUUGCCUUUCAAUUAGCUCUAGGAAAUCUAGAACCAUUUACUUUAAAGAAAUUAGAUGACUGGCAUCCUGAUCAUUGCAAUAUUAAUGUGAAUGAAAAUAUAAAAACAAAUAGCUGGAAAGAUAAGGGUGUAUCUAAUCAUCCAAGUAUAUGGAAUAAGAUAUUUAGAGAGUAUUUAAGCAAUCCUAGUCCUUGGGCCAAGAAGGUGAAGAAGCAGGAACUCAUCACAUCCACUCACACCAGGGCUCGGAAGAAGGUUGUCACUUUGGUGAACAAAUAUGUACCGGAGACGCAGGAUCAGAGUUUAUCAAUAGAGACAUUAAGCAACAUGUACUGUUGUGUGGAACCGGCAUCAAAAAAGCAGAAAAUUGACUUUGAUAAUCCAACACAAUACUCUGAUAUUGACAGCCAAAAUGAACACAAUAUAGCCUCUAUCGAAGAUGACACUGACGAAAAUCUGAGUAAAAAAUCACCAAUAUUAGAAAACAAAAGAAGAUCUUUCAAAAAAUGUCUCAGAAGCAAUAGUUAUUCUGUUUUAAAAAAAUUGAGUCACUUCCCAAGAACAGUUAUUGAUCAGAAUGUUAUAGAGAGUAAAUUUUUUAAUUCAAAUGAAGAUCAAUCUUGUGAACAAAGCAAUAAAAGUGAUAUUUGUGUAAUUGAAGAAUCUCCAGAGAAAUGUGUUAAUCCAUUAAAAACCACAUCAGAUGAUGAAGAAGUAAUAGAAUGCUCUGAAAGAUCAGACUCUUUACUAGGAAUUAUUCAAAACUCCCUUAGUCCUGUAAAAUUUGAAAAGAGUCCUAUUUUGGAACCUAGUCCAAAAUCUAGGAAUCCCUUUAAGUUAAAAACAGACACACAGAUGUCUACAGAUACAGGCUUUAGUGAGUCGGUGGUAGAAGAUUCACAAGGACUGGAUUCAAAUGUUAUACUUGAUUCUCAGAUGUCCCUCGAAUGUUCUCCUACUAAAGCCGUAUCUCCGCCUUCUCUAGUAAAGUUUAGGAGUAAUAGUUUUAAAAGAUCGACCUGUCGAGGUCCGGUAAUCAAGAAAACACCGCUUCCGAGCAAUCAACCUACGUUGUUGAGUAUGUUUGGUUUUCAGAAAAAACCUACAUUGAAGAGAUGAAUACUUAAAUCAAGAUCAUGACAUUUAUUUUAUAUAGAAAAGUUGUUUGUUUUAAGUUUGACAUUUAUUAUUGCCACUUCUAAAAAUACUAUGUGUUUAUAAUAUACUCUGUAAGUGUUAAUAUACCUGUAUUAAUUUUAAAUGAAUCUGUCGAUAUUUUAUUUAUAUAAAAUUCAUUUUCUAAACAUAUUUGUAAUAACAGUGUUGCCAACUGUGCGAUACAAGUAAAAAACAUACAUAGAAUCAGACCAUGGAAUGGUUGGUAAUAUUUUGGCAAUCU